AUGGCUACAGUGCUAAAACCUAAAACAUCUUAUCGAAAGAAAAACAACUACGUUUUCUGUGGUAACCAAUUUGUUCAGAAAACUAGUCAAGUAGACUUUGAAGAUUUAGGAGAUGGUUAUGGUAAAAGCCGUACUAAUAUAUAUUAUGAUGGCAUCAUAGUAGAACCAGCUCAACCCUAUAUUUUCCAAGUACUUGGUGGCGGCUAUGCCAAAGACCUCAAUCAUGUGUUUUUCAAAGGCAAACUGGUAACGAAUGCCGAGCCAUAUCGUUUUCAAGUACUUCAAAAUGGCUACGGCAAAGAUUACAGCCGUGUCUAUCAGUACGGAAUAGUCUUAGAGGGAGUUUCACCAUUCGUUUUCCAGCCACCCCAGUAUAAGACCGAUGGAUAA